UAAUGUCAUAUAGUAUGAGAAACUCAACCAAUUUAGUUAUGAUGAAGAAAAGCAUUAAUAUGAAAAAAUCAGUUAACAAUAGUUUGAAUGUUCCUUCUGAUUCACCUAAAAGCAUAAAAACUGAACCAUCUAAAGAGGAUUUCUAUAUUUAAAUAUCUCCACGUUUGGAGACCAAAAUGUUAACAUUCACCAAUUAAAUAAAAAAACUCAAAGUAAUCAAGCAUGAGGAAUUAGAAGAGGAUCAAGGAAUUAAAUCACAUAGUCAACCUUCAAAAGAAAAAAUAAGAAAUAUUGUUCAAAAACUAAGAUAAGAGUAGCCUAAGAGUCAUUUUUAUAAUGACAUGAAAAUUUCAAGGAGGCUCAAAACCGAACAAUGAUUAUC